UCGAACGGGCGGUAAGGAAAAUAAAUCACGAAAUCCGCUCAUAACACAGUUCGGUGUAAAUCUUUAAUGUGCUUCUUCCAACGAGCUAUCCAUCUUUGGUUUUAGUUACCCGGCGUUUAAACUUGAAGUGGGACGUUUCUGUUGAAUGAUUUUGGACUCUAGUGGUGCAGUUUAGGCAUGGUCUGCCACCGACCCUCACCAAUCUUUUUGAUUGGUUUUCUCUGCUUUGUUUUGACAUUUGGCGAAGAAGGAGAUAAUGGCUGUUUUGAAGCACUUGGGAUUCAAUCAGGCGAGUUUGACGAUGGAGAGAUUGCAGCCUCUAGUAUGCUGAAGAACUUUUCAUCAACUGACGCCUGGUGUCCACCAAAAGUCGAUGAAAAUCAAUAUCUGCAAGUGGAUUUGUCAAGAAAAACAGAAAUAACAAAACUUGCCACUCAAGGGGAGAUUGGUAGUAAGGACAGACAUGUGAAGACUUAUGCAUUACUUUAUAGUGAUGAUGGAAAAAAAUGGAAACAGUAUGAGAGUCAUGGAAAGGAGAAGAUAUUUAAAGCCAACAACGAUUCCUUCACAGUUCAUCAUAACUUGUUAGACAAACCUCUUGUUACGCGAUACAUUCGUGUCAAUCCAAGGACAUGGGAAAACGCUAUUUGUUUGAGGCUUGAGUUAUAUGGAUGCGAUGUGUGAGGACUGCAGCAGCAUGACCCAGUAGAUGUAUGUCUACACACCACUCCAUCUUAAGAUCUCAAUUAUGUAAAAUAGACAGACAAGGAAGUUAAUUGAUGAUAUUGGACACGAGGAAGAUAGUCGUCCUCGUUGGAUAUUCAGAGUUAGUUAACUGGAAAUACGCAAUGCGCAAGACAAGACAACUUUAUUUGGAAUUGAAAAAUUAAAAACAUUUCUGGAACUACUAAAUUUGACACCAAGUCGUUUGUCAAUAUUUUGUAGGACUAUCAAACACAUGAAGGAAUUAAGGAAUUAUUGUAGGACCACGGAUAUUCACAGAAAUAUUCUUAGAGGUCAACUUAUUGCCUUAGUGUGAAAACAUGGAUCAUGACAUGAUACAUUUAUAAUGUGUAAAUAUGUUGUUAUAACGGGUAAUAUAAUAAUGGAUCAAUAUUAAAGUUACUGUUACAGUUUUCAAUCA